GGUACGCGUCGCACCGCCGGCAUACGGUGUGCGGCUCCGGUGUGGCCAGUCCGAGAACAGCUGGCAGCGGCGUGGUCGACGGCCCGGCCACCUCGUCCCUCGGAGCCCGGCACGGGCCUCUGUCUCCGCCUUCGGCCCGACUCAGUUAAUUCCUAUGGAGAAGUGAAUUAUGGAGAAGAUAGACCAAGUCUCCGAAGAGUUCCAAUCGGGAGGACCACCAGAGGUUCCCGCCCAGGAGGCCACAGUCGAAGCCACACUCAACGUUUCCAACAAACGAAAAGAGCCGAACGAAGAGACGUCGGAGGAGCCGGCCAGCAAGUGUUUGCGAGUGUCGGAAGCCGUCGAGACCGACAAGGGCCGGAUCGAAGAGUCGCGCCAUGCGGAGCAGGCGGAGCGCGCGAGGUAUGCCGAGACGGAGAGUCGAGUGGCGGCGGAGACUCAAGAAGCCGCGAGAAAAAGCGAGCCGGAAGUGGACGAGGACACCAGGAUCAUCAAGGAGGCGGAAGCGGCCUUGAGAAGCCUUUCGGGGGACUUCGGACAGACGGAGGCCUGUCCCUUCUACGGGGAGGCCGACGACAAGCCCAUGUUCGAGAACCUGUUCGAGAAGAAGACCGACGGCAGACCUUCGGGAGAGACCGUGACCAACUCGUGGAAGGACAUCGUCACCCUCAGCGCCUCCUCCAGUUCUUGCGGCAGCCUGGAAAGGUCGCCGCUCAGAUCGCCGGUUCUGUCGCCCGUCGCCGUGGUCAAAGUGGAGAAGAGGGACGAGAGAGAAGCCUGUUCCUGUUCCUACGGCGAAACCCGGUGCAAAAUAGAAAACGUCAAAAUGGAGGACAAGACCUGCAAAGUUCUGGACAACUACGCCGCCGCCGACAGGAACGACUCCUACGACGUGGAGAACUUGCUGAAGAUCGAAGAGGAAUGUGCCAAUAUUCAGUCGCUCAUGUCGACUCACGACUAUUACAUGGACAUCAAAGAAGAGCAGAAACCGUUGGUUCCGGUCGUUAAUCACGCCAUGAAACAGUGCUUGACUAACGAUCUGGCCGCCAUGCACAGGCCCGGCGAUGCCAUGUCGUACGGCCCCUGGUGCCAGGAUCAGGAUCAAUGCCAAAUGCGUUACCAGACUCAGUACCAGUGUCAGAUGAGUGCCAUGUCCGCCAUGGACGGCACGCAGAGGUACACGGUCCUGGACGGAAGAUACCAGGACCAGAAGAGCUUCGAGGAGCACCUCUAUCCCAUUCCGGACGACGAUAAUCCCCUGGUGAUAGACGAGAGCAGGCUCAGGUCGACCGACGACGACGACACCACCGACGAUCUGCCCAGUCCUCAGCACUACUUGGCAGCGCACGCGGACAGGAUGAAGGUGGAAGAGUAUCCCGCCUGUCAGCUGGGAGGACACGAGAUGGCCUUGAAGGACGGGAAGUGUUCGGCGGCCGAGUGCAACGGAAGCGGUCACCUGACGGGGAUGUACUCUCAGUCCAGAAGCGUGACUUGUUCGAGAAAAGAGCGAGCGACGCCGGACGCCUUGGCAAUGAACGAUGUACUAGUCAAAUGCCCCACUCCGGGAUGUAGCGGCCGCGGACACGUCAAUACCUGUAGGAACACGCACAGAAGCAUUUCCGGUUGUCCCAUCGCCGCCAUGGAAAAAAUGGCGCAGAAGGAACACGCAUCUAAUUACAAACCGCUGAUUCAAAGUCCGACGUCUUUCGACGGCCUUCUUCGACCUUCUUGCUACAACAAACAGUUGGAAGUGGACGACUACAAAUACCCGUGUUACGUCAACCAGCCCGAAAAAGAGGACGUGUACUGUAGACAAAUGUCGCCCCAGUCGGUGUACGGUUACGAAAAUUCCAGGUAUUAUCAGAGAUACGUAACGCCCAAAGCCAAAAUGACGGAAUCCGACUUGGACAAACAAAGUUCUUCGCAAAUAUACGGAGUGGGCAACGACCAAAGACCAUCCGUUCUGGUUUCUCCGAAAUCCAUGUACUCGAUCGAAGCGGAACAAACGGAACCGGUAGACUUCUCCACCAGUCACGCCGCUCUGAGAACUUCCCCCGUCAUGGGCGGGCGAUGCAGCGCCAUGGAUUCUUCGGAACACUGUUUGGCGCGACACUCGCCCUAUCCGCAAAUACAGAGCCCGGUGGGCCAUCAGGAUCCCGGACGACCCAGUACCUGCCCGCUCAGUACGGACCACGAUAAGACGUUACCCCCCAAACUGGUCAGACUGACCACGUCCAGGAGUCGCGAAGGACGAGAACUGAUUCACUGCCCCACACCCGGAUGUGACGGCAUGGGCCACGUGUCCGGAAAUUACGCUACGCAUAGAAGUAUAUCAGGUUGUCCUCAUGCAGAUCGUUCCCAAAUCCAAGCACAACACCAGGAAUUGAAUCAUUUCCUUGCCAGGUGUCCGACACCCGGAUGCGACGGCUCCGGACACGUCACCGGAAACUAUUCUUCUCAUCGAAGCUUGUCGGGAUGCCCCAGAGCCAACAGACCCAAAAAAGUGCUGCACAGGGACGACAAGAACGAAUCCGAACCUUUACGUUGUCCAAUUCCCGGGUGUGGCGGAUCUGGUCACGUGACAGGAAAAUUUCAAUCGCAUCGCAGCGUAUCCGGCUGUCCGAUGGCUAACAGAAAUAAAAUUCGACACGAAUCGGUGGCACCCGACGGAAGAUCGGUGAAAUCGGAAGGAGUCAGCUGUCCGACACCGGGUUGCGACGGGACGGGACACGCCAACGGCACUUUUUUGACACAUCGAAGCUUAUCGGGAUGUCCCAGAGCACCGCAUUUAUUGAAAAAGACAAAACCCGUCAACGACGAACCUCAAGCCGUUUCCGUCAAAACGCAACCGACAAAUAACACCGAAGAAAAUGCGGACAUUCAGGCAUUAGAAGAAGAAAUAAUGGAGUUACAAGAAUACAAUGCCAAAGUGGAAUCAGAAAUGAACCGUCUUCGGACUGACAUCACCCAAAUGGAACAGCAUAUACGUAUGACUGUCAGGGUAAAAGACAAUCAAUCUCUGGCCCAGAAGACUACCCAUUUAUCUGAAUAUUACGAGUCUCUCCGCAACAAUUUCAUAUCCCUGUUAGACCACGUCCGACUACCGAAUUUUGAAGACAAACCCAAUGUCGAUAAUUUCGAUACCUACCUGAAUAAACUUCAGUCCCUGUGUACAGAUAACUACAGACACGACAACAAAACCGUUUAUUCUUCUGUCAGACAAGCUCUCCAAGAAUUCAACGUACCUGUACAAAACUCGAAUGGUUGGGUGAGAUCCUGAAAACUCGGUUGAAGAACCAGAAGUAUCUUCAACAAUAACCUUAUGAACUUCCAUGCAUCAAUCGAUUAUUACAACCUUUACAAAGGCGAUUUUACAUUUAUAUUUUCUUCGUUUCUUCCAUUCUUUAAUUACCAUUUAUACAAACACAUACACGUACAUAUAUACAUAGACAUAUAUAUAUAUCUUCGAGGAAAAAGUUUUAAAUUUAACUCUCGAUUCUUGCUCGUCUUCAACUGGAAUAACGUUAGUUUAAAAGUUUAAAAAGAGAAUAAGAAAAAGGAAGAGCAAGACUAAAAGUCACCAAGUGAUGGAAGAACAUUCAACCAAAAAAUAUAAGAGCCCAAUUUCAAAAUCAUUAUACAAAAUAACGCAAUAUAAAUGGCAACUAUUGUCUCCCUUCCUAACGUUGUUUAUGGCUGUGAUUGACCAUUACAGUGCUGUAUCGUUUCAUUCACACAAAUAAGUAAAUAGGAUAGCGCAAAGCCCCUUCGAGAAAAUUGUUUAAAAACGCGUAUGCUGUAUAAAAUGCUAUCAUCAUUGUUUUAUUGUUCACGCAACAUUACUUCUGGACUACAGGGUGAAUUUUGAUCAGUCAUAACAUUAUUUGUUACAUGCGGUAUGGUUUAUUCCAAGGGACCAGACUGGUUGUGCGAUAUUCUGGAUAUUGUUAUGUUAAUGUUGAAAAGCGGAAAACACGUGUUGCGGAAUGGAUACAAGAGAAGUGUUUAAAUACCAUUUUUAUUCUUUUAUUUUUUAUGAUUUUUUGGAAAAAAACGAAAAAUAUCAUUCAUAGUCGACUGCCAUGUUGUGAUUUGUUGUGAUACAGUAUUGUGUAAAGACGACUCUGACGUGUCUACUUUGUCCCAUAGAAUAUUUAGUAAUCAUUAUACUCUCCCAUUAAAAAAAGAUUAAAAACAAAAAAAAAAAAAAUAUUGUAAUUGUUGCUAGCAAAGUUGCCAAGGGGAUUCCCAUUAAAAA